AUGAAAUGGACGCGCUGCGUCGCGACCGGCGGCGAGGUGCGCGCUCUAAACGACGCCUCCGUCCCUCGUCGCGCGCUCGGCGCGGCGCGCGACCGCGACCGCGACGGACGCGCCGCGUCGAUCCCGCCUCGGUGCCGUCCGUGCCGUUGUCGUCUCGUCUUCUCCUCGCGUCCCGUCGCGUCGCGUUCGCGGCGUCUCAUCCCCCCCACCCCCCAUCCCCACCCUCCUCCUCCCUCGCCGCAGCCGCCGCCGUCCCCGCGCUCCGGCCACUCCGCGACGCUCGUCGGGACGUCCCACCUCGUCGUCUUCGGCGGCCUGAACGUCAAGACCGCCAUCGGCGACACCGUCGCGCUGCACCUCGAGCGCAACCAAUGGCGCCGCCCGCCUUCGUCCGCGGUCGGCGGGCCCGGCCCUCGCGCGUUCCACUGCGCGGUCGCGAUCGGCUCGCGGCUCUACGUGAUGUGCGGACGCACGGGGCGGCAGCAGCACGGGGACGUGUGGUGUCUGGACUGCGUCAGUUGGUGCUGGCGGCGGCUGCGUCCAACGGGCGCGGCGCCGUCGCCGCGGGAUUUCGGCGUCGCCGCCGCGACGCCCUCCGGCGGGAUCCUCCUCUUCGGCGGGUACGACGGGCACAAGUGGCUGAACGACUGCCACGUGUUAGAGAAUAUAGGAGAAGGAGGAGGAGAAUCCGCCACGUGGAGGGUGGUCUCGGUCGCGAAUAACAUCGCGCCGACGCCGAGGAGCGGGCACGCGAUGGCCGCCGUGGAGAGGAGGUUGCUCGUGUUCGGCGGGCAAGCGAGCGGCGGGACGUUGCGCGGGGAUCUGUGGGCGCUCCGAGGCCGACCGGGACCUUCGAAGGCGCCGCCACGGUGGACGCGGUUGCAGUUGAGGGGCGUCGCGCCGUCGCCGCGAGCGGGCCACGCGUUCACGUCGCACGGCUCGCGCGUCGUCCUUCACGGCGGUCACGGCGACGACGGGUGGAUAAGUAAGCGCUCCGUGUACUACGACGACGUCACGGUCAUCGAUAGGGAGACGGGACGGUGGCGGAAGCUGUCGGCGUCGUUGGAAUCGUCGUCGACCGAAACGCCCGCGCCGAGGGCGUUUCACACGCUCACGAAGGUGAACGACGCGUUGCUCAUGCUCGGAGGGUUCGAUGGCGAGAGAGCGAUGAACGACGCGUGGUGGCUG